CGUUCCACACAUAGGAAGUGAGUUUUCAUCGUCUGCUGCAGCCUCUCAGUGUCCGUAGAGAUCAGACCACUGAGUGUUUACUAGACGUCACAUGAGGAUGAGAUGCGUCACUGAUUCCCUGAGGAUGGGGAACGACGGCAGUCACAUGACUGAGAGGAUACUAAAUCUCACCCUGGAGAUCAUCUACCUGCUGACUGGGGAGGGUUACACAGUAGUGAAGAAGUCAUCCGGUGAAUGUGAGACACUCAGCAGCUGCCCCCGUGUGUCAGGAGGACUGAGCAGGACCCAGUGCCCCAUCACGGUGCCUCCACCUCACUCACUGAUACAUGAGAAGUACAAUGACCAGAGGAUCCUGGAACUCACCAACAAGAACAUUCAGCUGCUGACUGGAGAGGAGGGGGAGUAUAUAGAGGAACACAGGAGUCUGUACAAGGACGUUAUGAUGGAGAAUCACCGGCCCCUCACAUCACUGGAUGGGCCCAGUAACAGAGAUACCCCAGAAAGAUGUCCCCGUCCUCUGUAUUCCCAGGACUGUACAGAGGAGAAUCACAGGACCCUACAGGAGGAUCAGGGUGAAGAUCUUACAAAUAUAAAGGGAGAAGAAGAGACGUCUGUGGCUGAUAUGAGGGCAGAAGAUACAGAGGGAGAAGAGACGUAUGUGACUGAUAUGAAGGCAGAAGAUAUAGAGGGAGAAGAAGAGACGUAUGUGACUGAUAUGAAGGCAGAAGAUACAGAGGGAGAAGAAGAGACGUAUGUGACUGAUAUGAGGGCAGAAGAUACAGAGGGAGAAGAAGAGACGUAUGUGACUGAUAUGAAGGCAGAAGAUACAGAGGGAGAAGAAGAGACGUAUGUGACUGAUAUGAAGGCAGAAGAUAUAGAGGGAGAAGAAGAGAAGUAUGUGACUGAUAUGAAGGCAGAAGAUACAGAGGGAGAAGAGACGUAUGUGACUGAUAUGAGGGCAGAAGAUACAGAGGGAGAAGAAGAGACGUUUGUGACUGAUAUGAAGGCAGAAGAUACAGAGGGAGAAGAGACGUAUGUGACUGAUAUGAAGGCAGAAGAUAUAGACAGAGAAGAAGAGAAGUAUGUGACUGAUAUGAAGGCAGAAGAUACAGAGGGAGAAGAGACGUAUGUGACUGAUAUGAAGGCAGAAGAUAUAGAGAAAGAAGAAGAGACUUAUGUGACUGAUAUGAAGGCAGAAGAUACAGAGGGAGAAGAAGAGACGUAUGUGACUGAUAUGAAGGUAGAAGAUACAGAGGGAGAAGAAGAGACGUAUGUGAGGGGUGAUCAGCAGUGUAAGGAGGAGGAAAUCCCUACAGAUAUCGGCACAGAUGGAGGCACAAGCAGGAAUGCCUUGGAGGGAGAUCUCAUCUUGUCUGCAGAUACUAAAACAGAAGAUAACAUCACACAGGAUUCUCCAGGAGACAGCCCCUUUAUGCUAAAUAUACAUCCAGUACCUCUCAGCGCAGAUAUAUCAUCUGAUCCCCCUAACUGCGAGGACUGGUCUCCUGAUACCUCAGAUUUUGUUGCACAUCGUGCAGCUCAUACACCUGAUAAUAUAUUUCCCUGUUCCGAGUGUGGGAAAUGUUUCACAAAGAAAUCAAAUCUUGUUAGACAUCAGAAAAGUCACACAGAUGAGAGGCCAUUUCCAUGUUCUGAGUGUGGAAAAUGUUUCACACAUAAAUCAGAUCUUGUUAAACAUCACAGACGUCACACAGGUGAGAAACCAUUUCCAUGCUCCGAGUGUGGGAAAUGUUUCACACAUAAAUCAGAUCUUGUUCAACAUCAGAGACGUCACACAGGUGAGAAACCAUUUCCAUGCUCAGAGUGUGGGAAAUGUUUUACAGUGAAACAAAAUCUUGUUGCACAUUUGAGAUGUCACACAGGUGAGAAACCAUUUCCAUGCUCUGAGUGUGGGAAAUGUUUCGCACAUAAAUCAGCUCUAGUUUUACAUCAGAGAUGUCACACAGGUGAGCAACCAUUUCCGUGCUCUGAGUGUGGGAAAUGUUUCGCACAUAAAUCAGCUCUAGUUAUACAUCAGAGAUGUCACACAGGUGAGCAACCAUUUCCGUGCUCUGAGUGUGGGAAAUGUUUUACACGCAAAUCAGAUCUACUUAGACAUCAGAGAAGUCACACAGGUGAGAAACCAUUUCCAUGCUCAGAGUGUGGGAAAUGUUUUACACUGAAACAAAAUCUUGUUGCACAUUUUAGAUGUCACACAGGUGAGCAACCAUUUCCGUGCUCUGAGUGUGGGAAAUGUUUUACACAGAAAUCAGAUCUUGGUAAACAUCAGCGACUCCACACAGGUGAGAAACCAUUUACAUGCUCUGAGUGUGGGAAAUGUUUUACACACAAAUCAGCUCUUCUUAUACAUCAGAGAAGUCACAAGAGACAAACCAUUUCCAUGUCCGUGUUUACUAGACGUCACAUGAGGAUGAGAUGCAUCACUGAUUCCCUGAGGAUGGAGAACGACAGCAGUCACAUGACUGAGAGGAUACUAAAUCUCACCCUGGAGAUCAUCUACCUGCUGACUGGGGAGGGUUACACAGUAGUGAAGAAGUCAUCUGGUGAAUGUGAGAUACCCAGCAGCCGCCCCUGUGUGUCAGGAGGACUGAGCAGGACCCAGAACCCCAUCACGGUGCCUCCACCUCACUCACUGAUACAUGAGAGACACAAUGACCUGAAGAUCCUGGAACUCACCAACAAGAUUAUUCAGCCGCUGACUGGAGAGGAGGGGGAGUAUAUAGAGGAACACAGGGGUCUGUACAAGGACGUGAUGAUGGAGAAUCACUUGCCCCUCACAUCACUGGAUGGACCCAGUAACAGAGAUACCCCAGAGAGAUGUCCCUGUCCUCUGUAUUCCCAGGAUUGUACAGAGGAGAAUCACAGGAUCCCACAGGAGGAUCAGGGUGAAGAUCUAACAAAUAUAAAUGUAGACCAGACGUAUGUGACUGAUAUGAAGGCAGACGAUAUAGAGGGAGAAGAGACGAAUGUGACUGAUAUGAAGGCAGAAGAUAUAGAGGGAGAAGAAGAGACGUAUGUGACUGAUAUGAAGGCAGAAGAUAUAGAGGGAGAAGAAGAGACGUAUGUGACUGAUAUGAAGGCAGAAAAUAUAGAGGAAGAAGAAGAGACGUAUGUGACUGAUAUGAAGGCAGAAGAUAUAGAGGAAGAAGAAGAGACGUAUGUGACUGAUAUGAAGGCAGAAGAUAUAGAGGGAGAAGAAGAGACGUAUGUGACUGAUAUGGAGGCAGAAGAUACAGAGGGAGAAGAAGAGACGUAUGUGAGGGGUGAUCAGCAGUGUAAGGAGGAGGAAAUCCCUACAGAUAUCAGCACAGCAGAUGGAGGCACAAGCAGGAAUGCCUUGGAGGGAGAUUGUAUCUUGCCUGCAGAUACUGACAUAGAAGAUAACAUCACACAGGAUUCUCCUGGAGACAGCCCCGUUAUGCUAAAUAUACAUCCAGUACCUCUCAGCGCAGAUAUAUCAUCUGAUCCCUCUAACUGUGAGGACUGUUCUCCUGAUACCUCAGAUUUUGUUGCACAUCGUGCAGCUCAUACACCUGAUAAUAUAUUCCCCUGUUCUGAGUGUGGGAAACGUUUCACAAAGAAAUCGCUUCUUGUUACACAUCAGAGAAGUCACAUAGAUGAGAGGCCAUUUCUAUGCAGUAAGUGUGGAAAAUGUUUUACACUGAAAUCAAAUCUUGUCAGACAUCAGAAAAGUCACACAGAUGAGAGGCCAUUUCCAUGUUCUGAGUGUGGAAAAUGUUUCAUACAUAAAUCAGAUCUUCUUAAACAUCAGAGAAGCCACACAGGUGAGCAACCAUUUCCGUGCUCUGAGUGUGGGAAAUGUUUUACACUGAAACAAAAUCUUGUUGCACAUUUGAGCUGUCACACAGGUGAGAAGCCAUUUCCAUGCUCUGAGUGUGGGAAAUGUUUCGCACAUAAAUCGGCUCUAGUUAUACAUCAGAGAAGUCACACAGGUGAGAAACCAUUCCCAUGCUCUGAGUGUGGGAAAUGUUUUACACUGAAACAUAGUCUUGUUGCACAUUUGAGAUGCCACACAGGUGAGAAACCAUUUCCAUGCCCUGAGUGUGGGAAAUGUUUCGCACAUAAAUCAGCUCUAGUUAUACAUCAGAGAUGUCACACAGGUGAGCAACCAUUUUCAUGCUCUGAGUGUGGGAAAUGUUUUACACUGAAACAAAAUCUUGUUGCACAUUUGAGCUGUCACACAGGUGAGAAACCAUUUCCAUGCUCUGAGUGUGGGAAAUGUUUCGCACGUAAAUCAGUUCUAGUUAUACAUCAGAGACGUCACGCAGGUGAGCAACCAUUUCCGUGCUCUCAGUGUGGGAAAUGUUUUACACUCAAAUCAGAUCUAGUUAGACAUCAGAGAAGUCACACAGGUGAGACACCAUUUCCGUGCUCUGAGUGUGGGAAAUGUUUUACACAGAAAUCAGAUCUUGGUAAACAUCAGCGACUCCACACAGGUGAGAAACCAUUUACAUGCUCUGAGUGUGGGAAAUGUUUUACACUGAAAUCAAAUCUUGUUGCACAUUUGAGAUGUCACACAGGUGAGAAGCCAUUUCCGUGCUCUGAGUGUGGGAAAUGUUUUACACACAAAUCAAUUCUUGUUAAACAUCAGAGACUCCACACAGGUGAGAGGCCAUUUCCAUGCUCCGAGUGUGGGAAAUGUUUUACACAGAAAUCAGCUAUUGUUAUACAUCAGAGAACUCACACAGGAGAGAAACCAUUUCCAUGUCCUUAGUGUUGGAAAUGUUUUACACACAAAUCACAUCUUUUUAGACAUCAGAUUUAACACAGUAGAAAAGCAUUUCUUUUUCAUCCACUAGGGGUCACUGGAGUA